GUACCUACCUACUCAAACAGCAAUAAAAAGUUAAAAUAGGCUUAUUAAAACCGUAUUUAAAGUUCUAAAACAAUAAAGUUAAUGAAAAGCUGUCAAAGCUCGUCUAUGUGUAUACAAUUUAUAAUUUAUAAUUGUAAUUUGGUCUAAAGUACAACAUAUGGGUUUAGAGGUGUGAAAAAGUCUUUCGGUGCACCAAAACAAGAUAUUUAAUCUAAGAAUCAAUUGCUACAUCUUUUUGUGCAAUGGAAGCAGAUGAAGACGUGCCCACAUUGUCAGCAGAGACAUUUGCUGCUUUACAGGAAUUCUAUGCUGAACAAAGUAAAAGACAAGAAAUCCUUGUAAAGCUAGAAGCGGAUAAAAAAUUAACUGAGAAUAUUUUGUUUGAUGAAAAUUGGCAACUGAGUCAGUUUUGGUAUGAUGAGAAAACGGUACACUCUCUGGUCAAAGUAAUUGAUAAAGUAUUAGACGACAGAGGUAAAGUGGCACUGAUUUCGUGCCCCACACUCUUUGUGCCCUUGAAAAGACAGAUCGGAGACAGAGGGACUGUCACCCUACUAGAAUACGACAGACGAUUUGAAGUUCACGGUCCUGACUACAUAUUCUACGAUUAUAACAAUCCUAAGGAGGUACCACCUGACGUACAUCACUCAUACGAUUUAGUAGUGGCCGACCCACCAUUCCUUUCUGAAGAAUGCAUAACAAAAACAUCGGAGACAAUCAAAUUGCUUUCGAAAGAUAAAAUAAUUUUAUGCACCGGUACCAUAAUGAAGGAUAUAGUAAAGGAAUUGCUAGAUUUAAAAUUAUGCGAAUUCCAACCUAAACACCGAAAUAAUUUAGCUAAUGAGUUCUCGUGUUAUGCUAACUUUGAUUUGGACAGUGUCUUGAGUUGAUGUUUUGUAGAAGUUGUAUGAAUAAAUUUUUAUUUUUAUUUUCA